CGCCUCACCUCUAGUCCAGUCCAGUAAUAAUAACAAUAAAAACUUUGCAUAGAAAAGGAGCGAGGUUGGUAAGUUUUUGGCCAGGCAUAAACAUACGUCGCCACCAUAAACAAAGCAUCGGAACAGCCGGACAGAGCAGAGGACCGAUCGUCGAUCGGAAUAGGCGUACGAUUCCCAUAGGCAGCAGUACCCUCUCCCUCCGGUAGCACUUGCCCUCACCGCACCUCCCUCAAGUUCAUCCGUCGCCCUCACGCUCCACGCACGCACGCGGCCACCGAGAGAAGCAGAAGCAGCUCCGGGACAAGGGAAGGGGGACAUUCACAAGGCAGCCCGGCCCGGUGGUUCCGUCGGUUAGGUGAUCAGCUCCUCGGCAACAACUCCGAGAAACCCCGCCUCCUUGUGGACGAUUUUUGCGUCAGAUUUCUUUCAGGUUUUAGCUUGGCUGGGUUCGCCUGCGAGAUCAGGCCGGAGGAGAGGAGCCGUUCUUGAGCUCGGCUGCGCCGGCCUGCUGCAGUGGAGUGGCUCAGCAAUGAGUCGCAGCUGCUCCAAGAGGUAGAAGAAGCACCCGUUGCCGAACUCGCAUCAGCGCUGGUUUUGUUCUAGGAGAAUUAAUAAUGCUCAGAAUGGAGAGCGUGGAUUCGCCCUCUCCGAGGUGCUAUGCUCAGCAUCAACAGAAUGAUGGGGAACCGAAGGACCAUAAGAGCACCAGUAAAAGGCAGUCACACAGCACUGAGAUUCCAUGCUCUUUGGUACAAGAGGUCCAGCACCUUGAGAAGCGACUAAAUGAUCAAUUUGCCAUGCGGCGCGCUCUAGAGAAAGCAUUAGGUCACAAGCCCUGUGCUAUCAAUUUAUCGAGAGACUGCUACAUUCCAAAGCCAGCCGAGAAGCUCAUAAAGGAGAUUGCGGUACUGGAGCUAGAAGUCAUAUGCUUGGAGCAGCAUCUCCUGACGCUCUACCGGCAGGCCUUUGACCAACAAUUGUGCAGCACGGUUUCUGCUUGUGACAUGGAGAGAAGAAACAGGCAAUCGACAAGGUCGUUUUCCGGCACACUCUCUGAAACUUCGGCGCACGAUUUCUCAACCCCAAAGAAGCAACAGUUGGUGCAGUCCAGCCGCAUGGUUCAGGCACGCAGGUCGACAACGGCAGCGCUUAAUACUGAACCCGGCAUUUCACGGCACAAUGACAGCAAGACCAUUAUCGGGCGCAGCCAUUCCUCGCUCCUGCCGCGUUCCAUCUGCUCGGCUAGAGUAUCUCCUUCAGCGAACAAUCUCGCUAGAGCUCUUAAACCAUGUCAUACCUCGCCUCUAACGUUCGUUGAGGAGGGCAAGUGCAUGGAUACCAGUGUUGUGAGCUUAGCAGAUAUCCUGGGUACCAGGAUUGCAGAUCAUGUCCCUCAAACACCUAACAAGAUAUCCGAGGACAUGAUCAAAUGCAUUGCUGGCAUAUACAUCAGGCUCAGAGAUGUUAGCGCCGUGCAACGCUCCUUCUUCCCCUCACCAUGCUCGUCCUUUUCAUCGGCGAGUGGGAUCUCUUCCAAAUUUACUGGGGAUAUAUGGAGCCCCAGAUGCAGGAAAGAGAGCUUCAUCGAGGCAUGGCAGGACAGCUCAUUCAGUUCAGGUGAUUUGGGCCAGCAAUGUGAUUCUGUGAUUGAGGUGUCUGCUCUCUGCAAGGGGGCCCAGAGGUCUGCCGAUGUGAAAGACAUGUUGUGUAAAUACAAAUCACUUGUUCAGCUGCUAGAAACGGUUGAUCUCGGUGGAAUGAAGAAUGAAGAAAAGCUCGCUUUCUGGAUCAAUGUGCACAAUGCCAUGAUGAUGCAUGCUCAUGUUGAAUACGGGAUCCCGCAGAGCAACAGCAAGAGAAUGCUGCUUACCAAGGUAUCCUACAUCAUCAAUGGCCAGAGGGUGAACGCAGAGUUGAUCGAGUACCAGAUCUUGUGCUGCCGAGUACACUCUUCCGGACAGUGGUUCAGGCUGCUCCUGUACCCGAGAUGGAAGCCCAGGGACAAGGACGAGCUGCAGGGGUUCGCCGUCGACCGGCCGGAGCCUCUGGUGCACUUCGCGCUGUCCUCCGGGAGCCACUCGGAUCCAGUGGUGCGGCUGUACAGCCCGAAGCGGGUGUUCCAGCAGCUGGAGGCGGCCAAGGAGGAGUUCAUCCGGGGCAACGUGGGCGUGCGCGGGUCGGGGCGCGGCAGGAGCAGGGUGGUCCUGCCCAAGGUGCUCGAGUCGUACGCUCGGGACGCCGGGCUGGCCGCGCAGGAGCUGCUGCGCGUGGUGGAGCCGUGCCUCCCGGAGGGCCUCCGGGCGGCGGUGCGGCAGCAGGGGAGGCCGCGCGGCGGCGGCGGCGGCGGCGUGGAGUGGAGGCCCCACAACAUGGCCUUCAGGUACGCGCUGGCGCGGGAGCUGGUGGCGGUCGGGUCCCCGGCCGGCGUGCCGCAGGCGGUGACGCCUUUGGUUGCACGAUCCCAUGAGCCAUGAUGAUGAUGGUGGUACGGCGUGGUGCUUGGCUGCUUGCUCCGUGCAAGAGUCCAAGAGAUGCACCGGGAGGGAGAUUCAGAUCUGCAGUCAUCUUCUGGGCGUGAUCCUGUUGGAUGUACAGGGAGAAUGGUUGGAUACGGGGCAUACGGCCAAGGCGCGAGGACUGCAUGCGUGCGUGUCGACGCGUAUGUCUGUUGCGAUGUCAUUCGUCGACACGCGCUCGCGCUAGCACGGCAAUUUACAACAUGCUCGGUCGUGUACAUGGAGAAAACUCGAUUUCCAGCAGGGGGAGCCUCUCUGCAUGACUCCUCCCUCAACUUUUGUGCGCUGCACCCCUCCUAACGCCAGCUCCGACACACGAUACGUUCGUUUUGUCUAGAUUUCAUCUGUUCAGAUGGCAAUGAGGUCGUGUCCGUCUGAAUUUAUGGAUGCGCCGGGCAUUGCGCCCAAUGCGCGGCCGCGUCUGGUCCGUGUGCAUGUAAAUCUGAAAACAAUAAAAGAUGUAGCUAAAUGACAGCUGUCAUAG